AAGCCAUGGUUGGUCAUGUCCUUUGGUCAUGCAGGUGACUCAGCAGUGGGGAAGACUGCCCUGACCCAGAUGUUUUGCAGUGAUGGAGCUCAUUUCCAGAAAAACUACACACUGACGACAGGCGUGGAACUGUUGGUGAAGACUGUAUCUGUUCCAGAGACAAGUGAUAGCGUGGAGCUCUUCAUUUUUGACUCAGCGGGCAAAGAACUAUUUUCUGAGAUGAUGGAGAAACUGUGGGAGCAGCCCAAUGCCUUAUGUAUUAUAUAUGAUGUCACCAAUGAACAGUCUUUCAGCAACUGUGCCAAAUGGCUGGAAAGGCUGAGGGCACGGACCCUUGGAAUGCACCUUCCAGGUGUUUUAGUGGGGAAUAAAACAGACUUGAUUGGUCGACGAGCUGUGGAGCAGAAACGGGCAGAGGAGUGGGCUGAGAUCCAGGGCCUGCAAUACUGUGAGACAUCAGUGAAGGAGAUGGAGAACGUCGAAGUUCCUUUCCACAUCCUGGCAAACUCAUUCCAUCAACUAUACAGAGAGAAGGUGGAAACCUUUCACUCACUAGUAUGAGGGCCUUGGUAUAGAAAUUUGCUUAAUACCUGGGGGAUUUCUUUGAGUUCAGAAACACCCGGACGGACAGUAUCCCACAGAGUAGAAGAUGGAGAGAGAGUGAAAGAAGAGAUUUUUCAUUUAUACUUGUGACCAUUUCCUGACAAUUGAGAUUAAACCAGAAAUAAAUAUGUGGAAAGGUGUCCUUUCUGAGGUUGA